CAUUGCGAUACAACACGACACGCCACGAUACGACACGACAAGCCAAAAACAUCAAAACAAGACAAGAAAAGGCGCAACAAAGGCCACCAUUGCGAUACGGCACAACCGUUUUGACGAGCGGGACCUUUUCCUAGACCAGAGCAAAGCAAAGCAAAGCAAACCGAGGCGAGUCGAAUCCAAAUCCAGGAGCGACUUGCCGCGCCGCAGACACCGAACCCUCGUCGUUUUUGUCGUGAAAUUGGCAACAUGGAACGCACCGCGCAGUCGUGUUUGUGUGCGGUGGCCGACGCGAUCCAACUUGUGGACAGAAAUCCCGUGGCAUUGAAAUAUCUAUCGGAGGAAAUGAAGGGCAACAUCGGCGUUGUGCUCACGGCGGUAUCGGGGGAACCCUAUGCCUUGCAGUAUGCGUCCAUGGGACUGCGGAACAGCAGGAAGGUUAUCAUGGCUGCAGUCAGACAGAAUGGGUAUGUGUUGCAUUAUGCUUCGGAUGAGCUGAAGAACAACAGGGAGGUUGUUAUGACUGCUGUAACACAGAAAGGUCAUGCAUUGGUGUGGGCUUCAGAUGAACUGAAGAACAACAAGGAGGUUGUCAUGGCUGCUGUAACACAGCGUGGUGAUGCAUUGGAAUAUGCUUCGAAUGAACUGAAGGACAACAAGGAGGUUGUCAUGGCUGCUGUAACACAGAAUGGUGAUGCAUUGCAGUGUGCUUCAGAUGAGCUGAAGAAGAACAGGGAGGUUGUUAUGGCUGCUGUAACACAGUAUGGUGAUGCAUUGGACUAUGCUUCAAGUGAACUGCAGAACAACAAGGAGAUUGUCAUGGCUGCUGUAACAGAGCGUGGUAAUGCAUUGAGAUAUGCAUCAGAUGAACUGAAGAACAACAAGGAGUUUCUUAUGGCUGCUGUAACACAGCGUGGUGAUGCAUUGGAGUAUGCAUCAGAUGAAUUGCAGAACAACAAGGAGGUUGUCAUGGCUGCUGUGACACAGUAUGGUAAUGCAUUCCAGUACGCAUCAGAGGAACUGAAGAACAACAAGGAGAUUGUCAUGGCUGCUGUAACAAAGGAUGGUAAUGCAUUGGAAUAUGCUUCAGAUGAACUGAAGAACAAGAAGGAGAUUGUUAUGGCUGCUGUAACAGAGCGUGGUAAUGCAUUGAGAUAUGCAUCAGAUGAACUGAAGAACAACAAGGAGUUUCUUAUGGUUGCCGUAACACAGUAUGGUAAUACAUUCCAUUACGCAUCAUAUGAACUGAAGAACAACAAGGAGGUUGUCAUGGCUGCUGUAACACAGUAUGGUACUGCAUUGGGGCAUGCAUCAGAUGAAUUGCAGAACAACAAGGCGAUUGUCAUGGCUGCUGUAACACAGGAUGGCUAUGCAUUGUACUUUGCAUCAGAUGAACUGAAGAACAACAAGGAGAUUGUCAUGGCUGCUGUAACACAAGAUGGGCAUACAUUGGCAUAUGCAUCAGAUGAAUUGCAGAACAACAAGGAGAUUGUUAUGACUGCUGUAACAAAAAAUGGUGAUGCAUUGAAAGAUGCAUCGGAUGAUCUGAAGGAUAACAAGGAGGUUGUUAUGGCUGCUGUAACACAGAAUGUUGCUGCAUUCAUGUAUGCAUCUCUGCGACUGCAAGGAGACAUUGAUAUAGCCAUGACUGCAUUGGAAGAUUGCGCAGGGUUAUUGAAAUACUGCACGGAUAUCUUUUUUGUUGGCUGUGCGCAGAGGAGCCUCGGGCAUUGAACCGGUGGUUCGGUGGUUUGUUUAGACGCCACGGAACACCACACCCACGACCAAACCCCCCUCCAAGUCCAUCAAUAGAGCCAACGAACGCGCGGCAGAAGCGCCUUUUGCGGAGGUAUUUCCCAGGCGACCAUGACACGACACGACACGACACGACACGGCCACAUCGUGCCAGGCCAUCAACGAGGCGCGGGUUGGGUGGGUUGGUUGUUUGGAUCGUUGGCUGGUUACAAACGUUAGGCAGCAAGCUCGCUAGCGAUCGCCACACCGAACUCUGUGCACGGAACAGUCCCAUAGUUCUUUGCCCGGUUCUCGAUCUCGUGGUCGACCAGCGUCGUUCUUGUUGCACUCGACCCACGGGUGGAGACACGCGACAUUCCGCGUCGCCUACGACAAACAACGAGGAAUGGAAGCAAACCAAUGCACACACAAAAUCGUAGAUCGAGACGGAAACGAAAAUAGUAGAAUGAGUAUUACGAAGGAUGUAUAGUCCCUAAAGGAUAG